UUAUAGAUUAACUGUCGCUCUGAAAUGUCGGUCUUAAAAUUCUCGAUUCUUUGUCUCACGUGCUUUAUUGCGACUGCUGCAAAACCAAAAUGUGAGAUGCAAAAAAGAAAGUUGACGAGCUUAAAAUGCGAGGAAUUGAGUAGCUUCACGGAGAUAAGCAGUGUUCUUCAUUUACCAGCAAGGAACCUUCAGCAGCUAACUAUCCAAAGCAGGGAUACAAAGCUAACCAUUGGAGCAGCCAACAGUUCUGUGAACAUGCCGCAUUUGUUCCUUCUCGAUCUGUCCCACUCGACAGGUCUGGAACUUCUCAGUGAAGGCUUCUCCAAAUACCCCAAUCUGACUGAUAUCGACAUCACUGGCUGUGGUUUAGAACAACUGCUAGACUCGCACUUUGCCAUCGAUUCCAUGGUGCACUUGCUGAAGGCAGGUCACAAUAAGCUUAGUUCUCUGUCGAAGGAUUUGUUUAACAGACUUCCCCGUUUGCAAAAGGCCUAUUUUAACCAUAAUGGUUUGAGUCAUUUGGAAUUGCCGCAUAUGCCAAAUCUUAGGUACUUGGAGCUUCAAAGAAAUAAGUUAACUGAUUUCAACCUUAACAAUUGUCCACGCUUGGAGCAUCUCGACCUCUACGGCAAUCAACUCACUGAGUUUCAGAUUACACCACCUGCUGAAGGUUUUAACUCAUCGACUAAGAAGCAAUUUCCAUUGCGAUUAUUGAAUCUCUCAUUCAACAAGAUAAAUGUGCUUCGCGAAAACCAUUUCGAAUUGCUUGGGAAUCUUAAAAUACUGAAGUUAUCUGGCAAUAGAAUCACCACUCUGAAGAGUGCUCACUUAUCAGGUCUGACAUCCUUACGCCAUUUGCUUUUGGCGUCAAACUACAAAAUUGAGCUACAAGAACACACAUUUGAAGGCCUCGAGCAACUGGUGACGCUUGACUUGUCCUAUAUUGGUCUCGAAAAUCUGGAUCCGCAUCUCUUCGGCUACAAGCAGGUGGACAAACAAGGACUUUAUGAGUACUUGCCAAUGGCUCACAUGCGACAGCUUAGACUAGUCGGAAAUAAACUUCAGCAUCUGGACCCUAGAGCCUUUGAGAAAUUGCCUUUUUUGGAUACACUCGUUCUCGCCAGUAAUGCAUUUCGUGUGCUUCCCGCGGGCCCGUUUGCCCCAAUCCGAAGUUUGAGGAUACUUUUUGUGCGUUACAAUCAAUUGACGAAGAUAAGUAGAGAUCUUCUGGAGGCUCUAAGCAACAUCACGACUCUAUGUAUUGACAACAAUCAGCUGUCUUCUCUACCCGACUUGAAUGGGACGCUGCCCAAUUUGGAUGCUAUGACCAUCGGGGAAAAUCCCUGGCAAUGCGACCUAUUUGCCCAAACGGAGCGUUGGCUGAUCUCAAGAAAAAUACGGUAUAUAACAGAUGAUAUUGGCAGCGAAAAGCCCAUCUGCAUUUGA